GCGGGCCCGGCGGCAGCUUGAGGACGCGAUUCUCGCCGACGCUGAGCCGGACCUCGCUGACACCGAGCAGGACCCCCGUCUCCGGCGACCCCAGGUGCCGCCGCCUCAGAGCUCCCUCGGCUGCCCCUGCAGGCGCCCUGUCCCUGCCCCACCGCCGACUUCCAGCCGCAGCAGAGGCGCCCCGGAGUCGCGGCGAUGGCAGAGGAGUCCCGGGAUGAGCGCUUCCUCUACAUGAUCUCCUGCUUCAGGCCACGGCUGAAGCAGUUCAUUCGUGUGCAGCCAGUGUUGGACUGUCUGCCUUCGCUGAGCGCCGAGGACAAGGAGAAGGUGCGGGCGGCCGCGCAGCAGCGGGGCGAAGUGGAGGGGGCGGAGGAGCUGCUGCGGGCCGUGGAGCGGGGGCCCCGCGGGUGCGGGUGGUUCCACGAGUUCCUGAAGGCGCUCGAGGAGAGCGGCUGUGAUCUGGCCGCCUGCUACAUGAACCCCAGCCUCAGCCAGCUGCCCUCGCCCGCCGAGGAAGCCGACCACGACCUCUGCGUGCACUUGGUGCAGCUGCUCCACAGAACAUUGGUAGAGAGAAUGCGGGCCGUGCAGGUGGCCGAGAAGUGCCUGCAGAUGGACAUCCUCCAGGACGAGGACCUGGAUCGGAUCCACACUGUUACAGACCAUCGUGGGAACAGAGAAGGUGCGCGGGAGCUCUUGAGCAGAAUAGUGCAGAAGAAAGAUUGGUUCUCUCCUUUUUUGGUUGCUCUACGUGAAACCCAACAUGGACACCUUGCAGAUGAUUUAAGCGGAAAUACAGGAGGAACAGAAAAUAGAGAAGAUGUGAUAAAGAGCAGUACAAAUAAAGAAACAGAAGGUACAACCCAACCUGGAUAUACCACAGCAGAGGAUUUGAAACAGCAAGAAAAUGUGAAUGACAGUUUCAGCAGUGAGAACAGUAUAUUGGAAACAACUAUUCAAAAUAAUUCUGCAGUUUCAGAGUCAGAUAUCUCCAUAAGAGAUGGAAGUGUCAAUAAUGUUAAUAAAAACCUGGGACAAAGUUGCUGCACAACCAGUGAUUCAGAUGAAGAUGAAGUGGAGAGCAGAGCUUCACCUGAGCCAGAUCUGAUCCUGAGAGAUUACCAGAUGGAAGUUGCAAAACCAGCACUGAAUGGAGAGAAUAUUAUAAUAUGUCUCCCUACCGGCAGUGGUAAAACCAGAGUGGCUGUUUACAUUACCAAAGAUCAUUUGGAUAAGAAGAAAAUAGCUUCAGAGACUGGAAAAGUUAUAGUACUCGUUAAUAAGGUACCGUUGGUAGAACAGCAUUUACGGAAGGAGUUUAAUCCAUUCCUGAAGCGUUGGUAUCAGGUUACUGGUUUAAGUGGCGAUUCUCAGCUGAAAAUCUCGUUUCCUGAAGUUGUCAAGAGAAAUGAUGUCAUCAUCAGUACAGCACAGAUCCUUGAGAAUUCACUGUUAAAUGCAGCCAAAGAAGAUGAAGAAGGUGUACAUUUAUCAGAUUUUUCGCUCAUCAUUAUCGAUGAGUGUCAUCACACUCAAAAAGAAGGUGUCUACAACAAUAUAAUGCGACGUUACUUAAAAGAAAAGAUGAAGAACAGGAAGCUGGCAAAAGAAAACAAACCACUGAUCCAGCAGCCUCAGAUUCUGGGACUUACAGCCUCACCUGGUGUAGGAAGUGCAAGAAAUUACUCAAAAGCUGAAGAACAUAUUCUGAAAAUCUGUGCGAAUCUUGAUGCAUGUAGAAUCAUGACUGUCAUAGAGCAUGCCUCUCAAUUGAAGAAUCAGGUGAAGGAACCAUAUAAGAAAACUGUAAUUGCAGAUGACAAAAGAAAGGAUCCAUUUAGAGAGAAAAUUACUGAGAUCAUGAGAGACAUUCAAAAUUAUUGCCAACUCUGUCCAAAAUCUGAGUUUGGAACUCAGCCAUAUGAACAGUGGGUGAUUAGAGAAGAAAAAAAAGCUGCAAAAGAAGAAAAACGCAAGGAACGUGUAUGUGCAGAACACUUGAAGAAGUACAAUGAUGCUCUCCAGAUAAAUGACACCAUCCGAAUGGUGGAUGCAUAUAAUCACCUAAAUAACUUUUAUAAGGAGGAGAAAAGUAAAAAGACAGUAAGGAGUGAUGAUGAUGAUGAUGGUGAUGAACCAGCAGUCUCAAAGCAGGAUGAAACAGAUGAAUUUCUUAUAGGUUUAUUUCAUGCAAAAAAGAAACAGCUGAAAGAGUUGGCUAGAAAUCCAGAAUAUGAAAAUGAGAACCUAAUAAAGUUGCGAAACACUUUAAUGGAGGAGUUCACGAAGACUAAGGAACCUAGAGGAAUUAUUUUCACCAAGACUCGGCUAAGUGCCUGUGCUCUAUUCCAGUGGAUUAAGGACAACCCAAAAUUUGCAGAAGUGGGAAUUAAGGCCCAUUAUCUUAUCGGUGCUGGACAUAACAGUGAAGUUAAACCCAUGACUCAGAAUGAGCAAAGAGAAAUUAUUGAUAAAUUCCGAGGUGGAAAUGUAAAUUUACUUAUUGCUACUACUGUAGCUGAAGAAGGCCUAGACAUCAAAGAGUGUAACAUCGUUAUCCGCUAUGGCCUUGUCACCAAUGAAAUUGCUAUGGUGCAGGCUCGUGGUCGGGCUCGAGCUGAUGAGAGCACCUAUGCCCUAGUGGCUUCAAGUGGCUCAGGAGCUGUUGAACGUGAAGAUGUUAAUGUUUUCCGUGAGCAAAUGAUGUAUAAGGCCAUUCAGCGUGUCCAAAAGAUGCCACAGGAAGAGUAUUUAAAGAAGAUUCACAAUUUCCAGUUGCAAAGUAUAAUGGAAAAACAAAUGAAGACAAAGAGAGAUCAGUGCAAGGCAUACAAGAAAAAUCCUUCACUAAUAAAUUUCCUAUGCAAAAAUUGCCACAAGCUGGUAUGUUCUGGAGAAGACAUACAAGUUAUUGAGAACAUGCAUCAUGUCAGUGUGAAAAAAGAUUUCCAAAAUCUUUACCAUACAAGAGCAAAUAAGACAUUGCAAGAUAAGAAUGAUGAUCACCAGAUAAAUGGGGAAAUUAUAUGUAAAGAAUGUGGACAAGCUUGGGGAAAUAUGAUGGUUCACCAAGGUCUUGAUCUGCCUUGUCUGAAGAUUAAAAAUUUUGUGGUUGUGUUUGAACACAAGAAAACAAGAAAGGAUAUUUUUAAGAAAUGGGGAGAUUUGCCCAUCAAGUUCCCUAGUUUGGAUUAUGCAGCUCAUUGUCCUUCAAGCGAUGAAGAUUAAGGACUUAAAAUGAAAAUAAAAGCCCAUUUCAACCUCUUACCGAUGAUUAGAAGCUUCUUUUUCUCAUAGAGUUGCAUCAUAAAUGCUGUGAAAGCCCCUGAGCAUGAGGAGACUUGUCUUGAAGAGGAAGCAAACCCAAGGAAGGAGAAGGAUGAAGUCACAUGGUUGCUGUGUGCAUUAAGAUUUGCAGUGGUACCCUUGGACAAAGAAGAUGAUCUAAUGACCAAACACAUAGCAGUCAUGUGUGUCCAUGGAACAAAUUCCCGUCUGUACUCACUACAAUCAUAGGGUGACAAUGCUGAUAAAAAUGUGUUAGGUGACCUAACACAUCUGUCAUCAAGCACAGAAUAUCAUAGGACAUACAUCUUGUGACACACUGUGGGGAUUAUUUUCUGAUUUUUUUCCUGCUAUAACCCUUUUGAAAAUAAAGUGUCUCAAAAGUGAAGCCAUGUAAUGAGAACAGAUCAGCUGAAUGUUUUUCCUGAAUCAUCGUAGCUUUGUCAGUGUUUUCAUGACUGAGUUCUUCCUCUCUUAUCUUAAGCUGCAAGUUCAUACAUUUUGACAGACUAAAACAAAGAUUUAAUUAAAAGACAUUUUGAAAAAUCAAGCCCCUAAACUGACUUAAAAUUGAUCAUUUUAAUUUCCAAGAAGCACUAUGCCACAUGACAUUCUGUGUAUUAGUUUCAUGGGAUUGUUAAACUGUCUGUAUCAUGAGGUGUGUGUUUUUUUCAAUAAAUCACUAUAAUGAUUAA